AUGUGGGGGUACUUUCCUAAUGGCAUCGAUAUCUACUUUGAGAAUGUUGGAGGAAAGAUGCUUGAUGCAGUACUCAUGAACAUGAGAGUCAAUGGUCGCAUUGCUGCCUGUGGGAUGAUCUCACAGUACAACCUUGAACAGCCUGAAGGAGUUCACAACCUGUUCUGUCUUGUUACAAAACGGAUCCGUAUGGAAGGAUUCUUAGUUUUUUAUUAUUAUCACCUUUAUCCCAAAUACCUGGACAUGAUUCUACCUUACAUAAAAGAGGGGAAGAUUGAAUAUGUGGAAGAUAUAGCUGAAGGCAUUGAAAGUGCCCCGGCAGCUUUGAUUGGGCUGUUCUCCGGCCGCAAUGUUGGGAAACAGGUCGUGGUUAUUGCUCAUGAAUGAUGCACUUCACUUCACUGUAAGUGCUUUGGCGUUGUCGUAUGAAAUAGUACGCUCUGUGGCAUGCGCUUUUUCUCGGGCAUAAUGCUGGUUUGGUACGCAAUAAUGUUUUUGCAUCAUAAUAUACAGAGAUGAACUUAUAAAUUGACUGGACUAUACAAUACUAGUUGAUGUAUGAUAACAACUAGUAUUAAGUAAUGUAAUAGAAUUGAAAAUCUAUUCAAUUCAAAUAUUUGGAUGCUUUUAAUGUCAUUAGAAUAAUAUAUAGU